AUGCAGGCGGGCACGCAUACCGGAAAGCUUGUGCUUGAGUCUUGUGACGACGACGUUGUAACGGUCGAACCGAGCCGCAAAGCCUCAUACCCGUUUGCGCCAGAUGUUACCUGCGUCCUGACGCCCUCACGCGGGCCUCCCGGCGUCGCCGUCGACCUCGGCAUGAUCCUCCCCGUGGGCUUCGCCGCCGAGAACAAGAAGAGCAUGGCCAACCUGGGGGAAGGUUCGAGCCUGAAAGGGCUGACCGAGCUAGAGGCCACGAGAAGCUCCUUUGUGGACUUUACGCAAGAUAAGGAAGUGACUGGAAGGUUGAGAAACAGCGUGCCCAAAAUUGGAGAUCAAGAAGUAUAG